UUAUAUUUAUUACUUUAAGAUUACUUUUACUAGAAAUCAAAUGUACAUGUUAAAUAAUCUACGUUUCGUAAUGGCAAUAAUUCAAACUCUUUACUACUUAUACAUUGGCCAUUUACUGUCUGAAACCAGCCGUCAAAAACCAUCAAAAUCUGCAAGUAAUGAAGUCUUAAAAAUAAAAAAUCCCAAAAAAAUACAAGCACUUAACCAUGGAUCUAAAAACCACCGUGGUUAAAUCUAAGUCAUCAAACGGUAGGGUUUCAAACAAGCGAGAACAACAGAAGUUUACUAAAAGUGAUGCAGGAUUUCAACCAUUAUGUAUGAAAAAACGCGGCGUAUAUGUUGAAAAUAAAGAUGAUAAACUUAUUGAUAUUUAUGAAAAUAAUGAUGCCGAAACCAAGAAGAAACCCCCGCCACGACCACGGCCAGGCCAAAAGAAGUUCCUUACAUCCGUUCUUAAUAUAUUGUCUAAAUCAACCACGGGUACACAAUAUCCAGACAGCGAACAGAUCAGCGCCAGGAAGAAAACAAGCAAAAUACAGAAAAAAAAUUAUCAAGAAUCAGAAGCAUACCACGAUGAUUAUAUUGAAACAACAACUAAAACGAAAAAACCGAAGAAGUACAAAUCAAAAAUAUUAAAUGGUGAUAGCUAUAUUUCAUUUAAUGAUAAAUUUGUUGUUUUACAAUCAAAAAAAGAUAUUAUACAUACUCCAUCAAAUUUCUCCGAAAACUUUCCGAUAAGUGAAUCAACUAAUCCUAUUAGAGAGCUGUUAGAAAAUAAUAUUUAUAGUGGUGUAGCCGAAGGUUUAGCCAAAGAAAUACUAGAGGGUCGAUCUGAAACUCCUGUUAUCAAUCCAGACGAUCCUUCGACAUUAGUCUCAGACACACCGAAAGACGAUAAGAAAAUAUACAACUUCUUUGUUGAUUUACUUGAAACUACAUUCGAUGUAUAUAAUGUAGAAACUGAGCAGGCGAAAUCCAAAGACUCAAUUUUGGAGAUUGAAGAAACAGUGGCCAAAAAAUUAAAUUUUAACAUCGAUACAACUGAAAAGGAAGAAUGUCAUGGUCACGACCAUGAUUUGAAGUUUCAAAUACAGGAAGAUAAUAUAUAUGAACCGGUUUACACGAACCAAAAACCUAAAGCUAAAAAUAAAUUUUCAAAACGUUGCCUUCACUCUCGUUCAUUCGUAUACUCUCAACCACUUCCGAAAUCGAAUAGUCUUGUCAUAAAGAAGAAACCACAGACUAUGCAUUCUAAGAAAAAUGACCUAUUGAACACAAUAAAAGAAGAACUAAAGAUGGAUUUCAUGACAUAUGAGGAGCCGCAAAACUUAUUUCAGGCCUUACGAAACAUGGCGAAAUAUAAAAGAAAGUGCCAGGGAAAAAAAACAAUACAUUUCGAACAAAAUGAUAGCAAUAUUAAUGAUGAAUGCAUUUUCAGCCGUGACAUAUUUUCAGAUAAAAAGAUAGCAAAUCGUAAAAUCCGAAAGGAAAAAGUAAAAGUCGAGAAAGAACCUCACUCUGUAGCAAAGAAAAUUAAAACGAAAAGGGAACCAGAUAAUAAUAUAUCUAGUCAUUCAUUACAAGUUUACGGUAUCGAGUAUGAAAAUAAUUAUGACGACCCAAAUUAUACAAGCUUUACUAAUAUCUCUGAAGUUGAUGAUUUUAAUGGAUCUUUUGGAGUUUCUGCCUCUUCUCUAGAUAUAAAGGGAUUUUAUUCAUUAAUACAAUAAUAAAUUGUAACUGCCAAUAUUUUUUGUUAUAUUAGUAACGCGAUAAGUUUCAUGCUUUUAAUUAACAAGUAUGCCUUGAGAAUGACAAUGGCUGCACUGAACGCGGUAAAGCUAUACAAACACAAUAUGUAAACUCAUGUAAAUUAAAUGUAAUCCCACUGCAGCCACUUUCGAGGUCGUGCUAGGCAAUAAUGCCUAAACUGCGUUUAAAUACCUACUUUCAUUGUAUGCAUAAAGUUCAAUACUUAUCAUAUUAUUGAACUUACAAUACAAAACUUUACUCAAAUUUAAGUAUUCCAUGAUACCACAGAUGAAAUAGUGAUUAACAUGUCGUCAGUCGUCACUGCCAUCCGUUAAAAGUUUUGUAGAGAAACACGU